UUGGAUUCUAUUGCGUUUUUCUCUUUUUGCUAAUUAAAAGCCCGAGUUUGAUCCUUUUCUUGUGCUUUGCUAUUUUUCUUUAUGUCCAUUACAGAACGCGAUAAAAAAAAGAUCGCCAUGUUUAUGUUUUUCACUUUGCAGCAGCUACAGUAUCAGUGCACUGUGUGCGCGUGCGCGUGUGUUUUGGUGUCAGGGCCAUCUCGUCCUUGCAACUUUGGGCUGCAUGGAGACGUCGUGACGUCACUGCGAGACCAUAGAUUGUACUCCUGUAGCAGUUAACGUGACCGAGCAGCAUGGAUACGCACGACACAUCCGAUAAGAGAGGCGUUUUAAAUGGACCGGACGCCCAGGGGACAGCGGUUAGCAGUGGGGGAAGACACAACAGCGGACGGAAGACAUCUCCACAACAAAGUUAUUCAUCAAAAUGGGUCUCUCUUUGUCAACAUGGCUGCACGGCAGAAAAGCAGAUGGUCCUCCUUCCUCCUCGUGUGCUCUCCGCUCUCUGGCCGUCCCCAUCUCGUCUCGCCUGGAGGUCAUUUUAAACUCCUCUCCCGUCGGUCCGGGAGACAUCCACUCACGAUGGAGCUCCGUGCACUGCUCGCCUCACGUCCGUCUCUCUGCCAGCAAAGAGGAAGCCAGGCGUUCCCCCGUGGAGCGGAGCAGCGACGGCGUGAGGGCGGAAAAGGGUGUGACGGGCGGGCUUCACGUGUGGGAGGUGGUAUGGAAGCCCAACCACAGAGGAAGUCACGCUGUCUUGGGCAUCUCCAGGCAGGGCUGCCCUCUGCAGGCAUUAGGUUACAAUGUACUGGUCGGGGGUGACGUUCAGUCAUGGGGGUGGGAACUCCAAACCAAUCAGAUCUGGCAUGAUGGACAAAAUCGAGGAGCUUACCCGGAAAAAAGGGGGAGGUGUACGCAGCCAGGUUCACUGCUGGCAGAGACGCCUCUUCCCAUCCCUGAGCGCAUCCUCAUGGUCUUGGAUGCAGACGCAGGGACCCUAGGAUUUGUCGUCGACGGCUACUUCCUUGGUGUUGCGUUUGAAGACCUGCCCCGUGGCGUGGAGCUGUUCCCAGCGGUGAGCAGCGUGAGAGGAGGAGCCUGUAUACGACUUCGAUAUCUCAACGGCGCCACCCGUGAUCCUCCAGCCUUGCUGGCGUUGUGCGGGCUCUCCAUUCGCCGCCAUUUAGGCCCACGGAGGCACAAUCAAACAGAUAAACUGCCUCUUCCGCCCGCUCUCCGGCGCUACCUUUUUCUGGUCACUAAUGGUUACAUUAGAAAAAUAAAUGAACAUACGGGGACAUAAUUGUAUUUAUUACAAAUCAUAUUUAUGUAACAAAGUAUGCGGGCUUCAGUUUUCUAUGGUGAAAUUAUU